GAGCUAUUUACGAUAGGGCGGUUUUUCACUCGGUGUUUGUUAAAAAACAUGAUUGGCUUACCGUUAUUCAAAUGCAUACGAUCUGCACACUGACUAUUUGUGUGGAAUGUUAGCCCAGCAAACCAACCAGACCUCUACAAGUAAUCGAGGUCAUCGUGGGUCUGGUACACCUUCUCAAAAGAAGGACGAACGUCAACAUUCAGGAAAACAGAAUAAUAUGCAGCAAGAUGCACCACGUUCUUCACGGGAAGGAAAUACACUACUUGUUGGUCCAAAUUUUCGAGUUGGCAAAAAGAUUGGUUGCGGAAAUUUUGGAGAGCUUCGUCUAGGUCGUAAUUUAUAUACCAAUGAAUAUGUUGCUAUUAAAUUGGAACCAAUGAAAACACGUGCUCCCCAGUUGCAUUUAGAAUAUCGAUUCUAUCGUUUAUUACUCAGUGGUGGUGUAGUUGGCUUCCCAAUGGUUUAUUAUUUUGGACCAGUUGGUCGGCAUAAUGCACUGGUUAUGGAAUUGCUUGGUCCAUCAUUGGAAGAUUUAUUUGAAUCGUGUAAACGUCAAUUCUCCCUGAAAACAGUCCUCAUGAUUGCUAUCCAACUGCUUCGACGUAUUGAAUAUGUACAUUCAAAGCAUUUAAUAUAUCGUGAUGUGAAACCAGAAAAUUUUCUUAUCGGACGUCAAUACUAUAAUAGACAUCGUACUAUCUAUAUUAUUGAUUUUGGUUUAGCUAAAGAAUAUAUUGAUCCUGAAACACAGAAACACAUUCCUUAUCGUGAGCAUAAAAGUUUAACUGGUACUGCACGAUAUAUGAGUAUUAAUACACAUUUAGGCAAAGAACAAUCACGACGUGAUGAUCUCGAGGCUUUAGGUCAUAUGUUUUUAUAUUUCUUACGUGGAAGUUUACCAUGGCAAGGUUUAAAAGCUGAAAAUCUACGUGAACGUUAUCAGAAAAUUGGUGAUACGAAACGUGCAACACCUAUCGAUGUUUUAUGUCAUGGUUAUCCAGAGAUGGCUACGUAUUUAAGAUAUGUCCGGAGUUUAGAUUUCUUUGAAGAACCCAAUUAUGAGUAUCUACGUUGGGGAUUUACAGAUCUAAUGCAACGGAAAGGUUGGGAAUGUGAUUGGGAAUUCGAUUGGUGCAGUCGACCAUUACCUGGUGCUAAGCCUCCAGGAUCUUCACACACUUCAGGCGGACAAGUAACAAAUCCACCAUUAACAAAUAUCCCACCUGGUGCUGCUGGUAAUACAAGUUGUAUGAAUAAUGGUGUACAAAAUGCUUCUGGUCUUACCUCACCAACACAUCAUCAACAUACAGUGAACGGUAAUCAACAACAAACUCCUGGUGCUAGUAAUGAUCAUGGCUUGACUGGUGGUACACCCUUGUUAGGUCCUGGUGGCGGUGGUGGUGGUGGAUCUCAUUGGCCAGCACCACCACCACAACCGCCUACUGGUGUACAAUCAAAUAACAUGCCUGGCGGUGGUUAUCCAACAAAUGAAGAGAAUGGUGGUGGUGGUGGUGGUGGUACCUCACCGAAUGAAUUACGCUAUAAAGUUGAUGAAUAUUUACCUCCAUAUUUUGGUCAGCCUGGUAAUCAAACUGUUAUGCACAGUGGUCUACUCGGUGCUAAUAAAAUCACUUCACCAAAUGAUGGUGUCGGUGUACUAGAGGAUAUUGGACCGGCUGGUGCUAUACCUGUUUCAAAUUCUACUGGUCUACCGUAUGGUACAAAUACCGGUGGUGGAAUGCACUUCCGUAAUGCAACUGGAUUGUAUAGUGGUCCAGAUGAAAGUAUGGCUAGAGAUAUGGAUAAUAUGGGCAUGGGAAUUGGUGGGAUGACAACAGAGACAACACCAGAGAAUGCUGCUACUGGUGGUGGUGAACAGGAUGACAUUCAGAGUCAGUCAGGUUGUUGUGGUUGUCUUGGUCGGCGUUCAAAAGGUCGACGACUUCGAUCUCAGUUUAUAUAAAUGAAAAUUCCCAUUGUCUUUUCUGGUUAUUGUUUAUGCAACUCUGCCUCUGUGUCAUUCUUUUCCACUUUCUCUAUCUUUCUGCCUCAGCCUUUGCCUCUUUCACUCAAUCUCCUCCACUGUGUACUUCUCCUAUCCACCGUUUUUCUGUCUGUAUGUGCAGAUAUCUGUAGGUGUGUGUACGCGCGUGUGUGCGCAUUCAACGCAUCACAUCCAUUUUUUUGUGUGUGACGUGUUUGGCAUUUAACCCCGCCCCGCCCCAUCCCAUCGCACCCUCGCCCCUCGAGAAAUCAAUAAUCAAAAAUAGGAAGAAGACGAUGACGACGUGGAAUCAUCGAUCGAAAAAGAAACAUCUCAAUCAAUAUAUAUGUGGUGCAUGCAUGCAUGUGUGUUUUCUGUCGCACCCCCUCUGUGUGUUUGUAUGUGUUUCUGUGUACACAAAAUAAAAUAUGAUACAGUGAAGACAAUAAAAAAAUCUCAGGAUCUAUUUCAAUAUUUUAUCUUUCUCUGCUCAGAAAUUAUUCGUAUACUUAUUAUCACUACGUACGAUACCUACUGUACUGUUCCUGUAACACCCUCCAUUAUUUCAAAUGUUACUGUAUUAUAUAUAUUACGUAGAUAACCUGUAAUCUUUUUCUUUCCCUCCCUCGUGUAUUUGUUGUCUGUAUGGGUGUUCAUUUCACUUACCACGUCGUCUGUUGUUCCAUUUGAUGAUCUCCCUCUCUGUGUCUCUGUUCAAUUUUUUUUUGGCUGUUGAGUCUUUCAAAGUUCCCUUUUUGUGUUAUUUAUUUAAAAAGAAAAUGAGAAUGCAUUGCGCAAGUGAUCGAUUGGUCGUGGUGGCUGUGGUGGUGGAUGGUGUAGGAUGAUGGUCAUAGGAACACAAAAAUCCUUCUCUUCUACACUUCUUCUUCCACUUUGGCACAUCAGCAUCAUCCCGCCUACCCCAUUCCGAUGGAUAUAUUUACACACACCCUCCUAAUUAAUUAAUUCAUUUAUAGACGUAGACAUACCUACUUGCUAUAAAAAAAUAAGACUUUCUUGAUAUUGAUUUGUCAAAAUGUUAAUACAAAGUUGUGAAAUUCAAACGGGCGGGAGUGGGGGGGAACUACCAUUUUUCCCCUUGUCUCUCUCUUCUCUCUCUCUCUGUGUCUCUUUGUCAGUUUCCCUAGGAUUUUUGAAGAAAUCAUCAUCAACAGCGAUGUGCACAAUAUAUAUCGCCCUCUGUCUUACAAUUACAAUGAUUAUGAUCAUUAGUUUGAGUGUCAUUGGUCUCACCCAUAUGUCCUCCUUUUUUCUAUCUCUCUCGCGCGCUUAACUGUGGUUUGUUUUCCUCCAAUAUAUUUUUUCCUUUCUUGCGUAAUCUGCUCUCUACAAUAUCUAAUCAUCAAUACACGCAAUGAUUGAUUGAUAAACAGUUUGUUUUUUUGUAAUUUUUUGUGUUUUGCUUUAGUGUUUCAUUUCAGGGUGACAAAUUGAGAGAAUAGAAUACAACUGCCACCACACACCCAAACACACGCAUACAUACACACGUGCACAUAGACACACAAUCGUUAUUUAUUUACUUUUCGCUUUUCCGCUGCAUCCCCUCUCCCCCCCUUUGUUCGUCUCUCCGGUAUCCACCUGUUGUGUGUGUGUGUUAUGUGAUCUGGACCCUCUCCCCUUUCCUCCAUGCUUUUUAAUCAUACUUUGAGAAGAAGAAUCAGUAUCCGCGUUCAGCGGUUGGUGUGAGAUCCUUUAGAGUUGCGUUCAAAGAAAAGAUCGUACCUACCUACCCAACAACUUAUGCCUCAUUGUUAUUGUAAUUUUUUUGAUUGUUGUUAUAGGGAUGGCGGCGGGAAGGAGUGUCGGGCAUUAUUGAUCUCUCUCUCCACUUCUGCUAUCUAUACUGUUACUCACUAUUUGUGUUUUUUUUAAAAAUUUAUAUGAGACAUACAUUCACACACACAUAAAUACGUGUUCAUUAUUAUACAAAAUAUUUCUUUAGCUUUGGGGGUGUAUCUCAGUGUUGCAAGGGCUGCAUGUAUAUACACACACUCAAUCAAUCAAUCAAUCAAAUAACAGCACGCACACAGACAAACAAACAAAAUUCCUCUUACAUAUUAUACCACUUACAUUGUCUCUUCUGAAUGUGAAUAC